ACAAAAAAUCAUGUCAGUUGCCAAAUCCUCGAAACCAGAUUCUGUUGAGAGCGCAGUUGUCGACUCGCACAAAAAUAAAUUGCGAUUAAUCACAGAAUCGAAAAAUGAUACUAUUGGUAUUAAAGUUUACGAACUUUUUGAUAACGUAAAAGUUUCGGACGUAGCCGAUAAAUUCGAAUUGAUUCUACAACGAGUCACGGAACUCCAACAAUACGAUCUCGUCGAACCAAUAAAAUUAGUGUCCGAAAAAUUGAGACGUUUAGACGCCACGACAGAUGAAUUAGUCGAUAGCUACAAGAAGUAUAAAAUGUUAGACGAUGCUGAUUCUGACAGCUCCGACUGUACUUGUUUGACGGCGAUCUCCUGUUCCUCGUCCGAAACUUGCAUCUGCGGCGAAUCCUGUCACUGCGACUCGGACUCUUGCUCGUCGAUCGACAACUGCGAUUUGGACGGCUCUUUCUACUCAUUAGGCAAAAAAAACAAGAAAUGCACCAAACCCGACACAAAAUGUCCUUUGGCUAGUAUCGCUCUCGCGCUACAACAAAAAAAACUGCAAAAACCUUUCAACUCGAUAAACGAAGGAAUCAUAAGAAAACUUUCCAAGACGUUCCAACUCGACCACAAUCUCAUCCCUUGGGGCAAGGGUUUGGUCGAGCCGAUAAAUGAGGACAAAGUUUUUUCCAAAGAUCUCGGUACUAAUUGCGAUUUGUCCGGCAGUUCAACGGUAAGGAAAAUCGAUUGUUUACCGAUUGACAUUUUAAAUACGUUGAUGAUUAAUUUUUAUUAUUGUGCUCAUUUUUAGGACAACAGCAGCGAUACCGAGUCUUCUAAUCAGUAAUCAAUAUUUUUGCUAUUUAUAUUAUUCAUUUUUAUUACUGUAUACUGUUUUAA